GGAUAAUGGUUACGCUGUGGGGGAAGUCUUUGUGAAACAGUUGCUCAGUGUGGGGAAAACUGAUGUGUGUGUGCAGGUGCAAGGUUUAACACUCUUCUUGGGCUUUUCUGGAGAGAAAGUCCUGACUUCCCUUCCCUCAGCAGAACUCUUAGGGGCAUUCACUGCAGUGCCCACCUGCUCUGCCUGCACUUUCUGCAGCAGUCCAGACUGACUGCAGUUCUAAUUUGCUGUAUUGCAUUUCACUGAGAAACCCUGCUGCUGACUUUUUCUUUCCAAGAAGGCACAAAGCUGAAUCAGCUUGAAGUGACUGAAAGGGCAAACAGAGUCUGUCUUACUGGAAAGCAAGUUUUAUUUUAAGAGGUGAAUUAUUGAGAGGAUGGAAGCAGCUCAGGUGGAAAAACUCAAGGCUGUAGUACCCUUUGAUUUAUUUCCUCUCCUCUGCUGAGGACUAACGUAACUGAACACCUGGAAUUCUCCAGCUUUGGUCUGUUCUGCUGUUAAUGUUUUGGGCUCAGGUCUCCAUAUUUUUCUUUCCUUUGAACAGAAUCCUGCAGGUGAAUUUGUUAUGCCUAGACAUGAGGGACUGGUACCUCUGGUGUAGCGUCACACGUAGGAGUUGCCAUAUAGCGUUGUGCCACGGCACUUUGCACCGACCCGCAGCAUGCUUGCUAUCCUAAGCCCUGGGCUUCGGCGCAGAACUCGGAGCUGUGCUGAACAGUGGGCCUCCAGACAUCGGCUAACUGGGAGCUGCCCUGCGCCCAGCGGUAUCCCUUUGAGAGAGGCUGGAUUGCUGCCGUGCGAAGGGUUGGAGUGCGCCAUCCGCUUCCUGCCUUAGUCACACUGGAGCCCUGCGGCUGCUGCUGUGCUGUAAGUCCACCCCCCUCAUCACUCUAAGCUUCCAGGUCCUCACCUUGGUGCGAGCAGAGAACAAGCUGUAGGGAAGUGCAGGCUGGGGGAGGGCCAGCAGGUUGGACAGGUUCAGCAUGAGAAACUCGCUUGGCUGGCUGUAUUAAUACAAAACUGUGGGAGUAGAUACCAGACCUUAGCAAGGGCAUUUUUACAGCAGUUUCUCAACCGAGAGCUGAACUAACUUACAUUUUUCAUUACUAAAUGGAUAUAUAAUGUGCGUAACAACAAAUUUGUAAAUUAUUGUGAAAAUUACCAUUAAAAGGCCGCAAAAUAGGAAAACAGCGUUUGACCCUUUCUAAUAGUGGCUACCAUCUGUUCUCAUAUUUUGGAUGAUGUGCACGCGGAUGUCUACUCUUACUGCUUUGGGUUGCUCUGCAAGCAGGCUUCCCAGUGCUGAGCUGUCUUCAGCUAAAUGAGAUUAAAAAUCUCAGCAGCAUUUUUAAAGAUCUUUUCUGACAGGUGAACUUGGGGUUUGCCUGCCUGCAUCACUUGAUGUUGCAUAUUAUGACCACUUAGUAAUCUCUGUGAAACAGUACAGAGAGAAUUCAGAAAGGGAAUUUCCCUCAGAGCUAAAUACAGCCACAACUGCCUUGUGCAAAGUCACUCAUUUUAAUUGCUCAUCGGAGGAUGUUCUUGUAUCGUGAUCUUCUCCACACGUGCCAUUUUGGGGACCUGGGACAACACCUUCCAGAGUGCUGGCCAGGAUGCGCCCCUAGAGCCAGAAAGAAAGUUUAUCUAACAGAAAGAGUAUAAAUUAUUUGUCUCCUGCUUCUGUCUUCAUUAGCCGGUGGCGUCAGAGGACUGAGGUGGUGACUAGCUGGUGUCCGUGGUCUUUGGCUGGAUGAGCUGGACACAUUGGUGCCCCCAAAUUAAAUGAGGGUUGGCAGCUAGACAGCAGCUCAUCUAGCUGCUGACCUCAAGGAUUUUGUCGCGCAGAUUCUGCUCGCCGAUGGGAAGUUUCAUAUCCAGGUUUCCUCCCAGCUGUCUCCUUGCCAGUGGCAUGGAAAGGUGAUAAAUUCAGUGGGGCACUGGGCUCAGAGACGCUUCUGUGCUAGGAAAAGCGAAUUUUCCCCCUGAGCCGGAGGGUGGCAGUGCUGCAGAGAAGCCGCUCUCCACCCUGAAGACUCCUGCUGAGAAAUUCUGCCAGCUCCCGCUGUGUGCAGGAGCUGCACCUUGUGCUGCUGUGUGUCUGUGAGCCCUUCUGGGACACCGCUGCCGACUCCUCCUUCCUCUGGUUCUUUUCUUGGUUUUUGUUUUUGUAAGUAAUGAGCAGUCCUUAUCUCCUGGUGAGCAGGAUCAGCUCUGCCCUGCCGCCAGGCUAUCUGAAGUGUGCCGGAGUGGAGCACUGAAGUGGUAUCCAAGAUAGGCGUGUCUUCUUCCAAAGUUGACAAAAGAGCCUGUAGGACAAACUGGAAGCACCGUACAUGCAAUCUCCUGUAUGAAACUGUCAUCUUCUGGGAGCUGGUGGAACAUUUCACUAUAAAAUAAGCUAUAAAGCAAAAAUGACAGCCAAGCUAAUUAACGGGGAAGGGAUUAAAAAAAACCAGGAAAAAGGUGGGUGGUGGAAGGAGACACCUUGAUUUUGUAAUGAAAAAUCCUUGUCACUUGUGCAGCUUCCUUGUCACUUUUGCAGCUCUUCGGUGUUUGCCAUGCCCCUGCAGGAAGGUAAAUGCUCGUUUCUGACACUCCUAUAGUUUGUGAUGGUUGUUAGCAAGCUUAUUGGACUUUCUCUCUAAUAAAAUCUCCUUCCUUUAUCAUUCCAUUUCUUUGUUCUAACAGAGUCAUAGGCUGAGAUUGGAAUUUUCUAAAACUGACAUUUACGCCUGUGGAAAAAGUGUCUUUUUCUCCUUUGCCCGAAGAAGUGUUUCACUUUGAAAUUUUCCUUUUUUUUCUCUGAUCAUUCCCUUCACAGGGGAGUCUUGCCUGUCUUCCUGGUCUUUCACACACUGGUGCUAAGGCAGUGCUCCACAUCUCAUGUGAAAACUUGCUUCUUUUCAAUUUCUGUAUGAUAAGGUACAGCCCAGCUUUACAGCUGUGCUGUCCUAUCUGGGGCUGAUGUCUUUCACUGUAUCAGCGUGUUUUUCUCCGAGUGCUGUAGUUUAACGGUUUUCUCUUCCUCAGAUAGGUAAUUGUGGGACUUCCUUGGAUUUUUUUUCCUUUGUAUGCAGUUCAUUGUUUCCUCUUCUUCCUUUUCACAUGUCCUCGUUGCUAAGAUUUAGUUCCUGUGUUUUCUGAUAGCGUUUUGCACCAUUUCCUGGGAAUUUUACCUCCCCUCUGUAAUGCUGCUUUUGCCAUGGGAUGUUUCCUGGUCCAUGUUUCUUGCAUGGUCAGUGGUCUGCUUGCCUCAGGAGGUUCUGCUAUCCCAGUGCCUUUGGUCAAGUAGUUUUUCAGUGAUCCUGGUGCAGGAACAUCCAUUUCUAGGUGUAGCUGUACCUUCAGCUGCCUAUUCAAGUAAAACAAUGUUAACAGCACAAAGCAGCUAGUUGGUUGUCUUGUUUUGGCACAAAACUCAGGUAGCUCAGCUAGCAGAUAAGUGGAAGCAGCAACAAGAGAUAGGGAGCAAGAAAUCUCAGUGGGCACACCUGCAGCUACAAGAGGAUGACUGUAAAUUUUGGCCUAAUUUUUUUUUUUUCUUGUUGCCUUUGCUUAUAAUCAGUUAUAUUUAAUUUAGUCUUUGCUCCUUAUUGCUGGACAGCACUAAUUCUUUCCAGAAGGAGAAAGUGACCUUCAUGCCAUGGCUUCUUCUUGGGUGGGUCUUCAGCUCUCUGGUGUCUUUAUUUAGAGGAAUGAUUAAAAGGAUGUCAGUGUGCUCCUGGGAUGCUCCUCGGAAGUUCAGUCAGAAGGGUUUUCUUUUGAAAGCAGCACUGCUUUACAGAUCCUUUGUUAUCAAGAAAAAGGACCUUGAGUUGAUGUUUCUUCUGACUCUGUAGCUACAGCAGAAAACUGGCUUGGGGGAUUGUUGUCAUAGUCACGUAGAACAAGAUGCUUAUGGGAUUCUUCAAAGCCCACCACCAUGAGGGGAGGACCUGUGAUACCUGCGUUAAUCCUUGGGCAGGAGCUGGCGUCUGUUCAGGAGUUUGCUGUUCUAGGUAAGCCUGUGUGAAGAAUUGCUACGUUGUGAAAGCAAGAGUGCACUACCCCCUUACCGCUUCUAAAUGGUCUUGUUUCUGUUGGUGAACCAGAAUGUUUAUAGAUGGAGACUGAUAAUUUUAAAUGACAGAUUUAAUUAAGCAACAAAGUUGUUUUUCUUAUCAGGUUGUAGGUUUCCAUUGCCACUUGUAUGAUAAACAACUGCCAUCAUCCAAGGAAGUGUGUCCAACAGUCACUUGAGGCAGAGCUGGGAAGCCGGAGCCUGCGGUUCUCGGCCAUGCCUGCUGCCAGGUGUGCUUUUCUGGUGACCCAGCCGCAUCCCCGAUGAAAGAAAAGCCUUUCAGCUCCUCUUGCGCUUGGAGACUCAGACCAGACUUCUCCGAGCUGCGUGCUUCUGUACCUGUCCUUCAGGCACAGCAGCAAUGAACGUAUGCAUCAGUGCUCUGCCUGGUGCGAAGGGAAUUAGCCAUUGCCUGCACACUGGCUUGCUGAAUCGUGCAGAGCUGGGUCUCCUCACCUGCAGUCCUUGUUAAUGAGGUGUGAUCACCCUGCCAGCUUUCGUGGUGUGUUUUAGGCAGGUUUACUUCAGGAAGGAAAAGAGCCUAAAGCUACUUGAUGAGAGUUCAGCUGCAAGUCUCCUUCUUGCUCUGGUAAAUAAUGCACAUGCUGUACCACGUGGCAUAAACAUACACAGCAGGCACGAUGGCGGUGAGUGGCUCUGGGAGCUGGUGGAGUGUGUGUCACUGCAGACUGCUUGGGGACUUUCGUAUGUUGGCUGCUGCCAAAGUGCUAAGUGGGCUCCUACAGCAACACUGAUGGAACAAGUAAGCAAACGCACACUGUCUAAACCAAAACUGUAGCAGCUUAUUGCAGCUGCUGGCCAGGUGAUUGGGCUGGCUGUCAGCAAGGAUCCUGCGGAGUUCAACAGAAACAGGAAGAUAAAUCCUUUCUAGUUACCUGUUAGCAAAAGUUUUUCCAAACAAGUCCCACGUUUCCCAAUUACACACUUCUACAGAGAGUAGUAUAAUAGUAAUUAUGCAACAGGCCCACAUCUUUGGCAGUUGAACAGCUCCUGUGUCAAGCACCUCUCGAUUUACUAAUUUAUCAUUUUCUGACUUAUUUACUACAUUCCUAAAUGCUUAUCUUAUUUGCUGUUCUGUCUUGUCUGCACUAAGCCUGUCUGUCCCAGCGCUGGGAGUUCCUGAAUAGAUUCCAGAUGUUCUUAUUUACUCAGGUACAUUUCAUGACUCUUCAUUAAAUUAACUCUUUAUUGGCUUACAGGGCCUACAGUAGCAACAGCCCUUCCUCUCUUUUCUCAUCCAUCUUGGUGGCUGUUGAAGUCACGACUCCUGUUCCACCAAGAGAAGGCAGCUGUGCUAAGGGGAACGUGAGAGCCGCUGGCUGUGCUUAGAGCAGUCAAGGAGGGGUAAACCUUCAGAGGACUUGCUAGUGGAACGUAUCCAAAUGCUGCCACUUGCUUCUGUGCCAAAAAAUUCCCAUUUGCUGGCUUUAGACAACUUUUUUUUUUUUUUUUUUUUUUUUUUUUCCAUGGGGCUCCCUUGCCUGAGCCCCCGUCUCUAGGUCAUAGUACCCUGAGAAAAGCUGUUCAGCUAGCAUGGCUUGGAUUGGAGUUGUUUGUAUCAUGCAUUCCUGGGCCCUGGGCUGCCUUGAGAGAUAAGAUCUCAUGCUUCUGCAGUGGAGAAGGGGGUUCUGGGGAGGGGACCUUUCCUUUGCAGUCAGUCAACUCCAACAUGACCUUGUUUCUUAAACUGCAGAGCUUUGGCUUCUCUGAGCCUUUUGCUGAGUAUUUGCGCAACAGAAAAAUGGCUGUAGCUGGAGUGUUGCUGAGUGCUUUCCCUAUUCUUUCAAAACCUAUUUCUAAGCAAUUGAUAGCAAAAGAUCAGUGUAGUGAUGGAAGAGGCAUUGUCCUUUUGCUCCAGACCCUUGGUGUGCGCAGUGUACGGUGAGCUGGUUUGGUUGGAUUUCAGGCCUUCGCACACGGCAUUAUUAGAAAGCUCAUUGCUUGCAGCAAGUAGCCCAGUGUAUAGCAGUGAUUAACACUGAGAUUGGUGCUUUUCAUUGAAAUCUGCCUUUCCAGCACAAAGCUGAACCCCGCUCUCAUGCAGAGGAGGGCUGAGAGCUCCCCAUGCCGCACUAGCAAUCGUGCCGUCCUGUCUAGAGCCAACGGGUGAUGCUGUCUUCUGUAAGGCACUGAGCAACAUGACAAAAGGCUUUGGGAGGAUCUGAGCAGAGCAGAAAUAAAGCUUUCCUGUGUUGAAGAUAAUUGUGCACUGAACUAGCCAGGGAGCGAGAGCUACACAGCUACUCUGGGAGGUAACUGUUGGUCAUCUAUUGGCUUUCUAGUCUGUGAGCAGAAAAUGCAGCUAUUUGUACCUGGAGAGUAAAUGAGUACCAAAGAGCCAGAGGAUUAAGUGCUGAGUACAAUUUCCAAAGGUAUCUUGUGUCUGUGCAAACGUAAUUGUGUGUGAUGAGUGGGUACAAAAUGGCCUAGAAAAAAAAUAAAAAUCAGUUUUUUAUAUUUCCUUUUGAGUUUCCCCUUUCCUCUUGGGUGGGGAGAGAUGUAUUUUGCUUUCUUAUAGAGAUGUAUGCUUAGAUAUACUGGUGGGAGACAGGGAUUUGGCUCCCACUGCACUGGCUGUGGUCCAGCAUGAGUGAUAUUUGUUAUCUGGGAUGUCAGUAAAAUAGCAGUGAAGAGAGAUGCCGCUGACUCAGUUGUACUGUGGCUUAUUAACCAAGUUCUGACUCAGCCUGCAAAAUUCAGGGGUUUUUUUAGAUUAACCCCCACUGGACAAGGCAAGGCUGAGCUGAAGAUGACACAUUUUUCUAACAGUGUUGUGAUGAACCUUGCAGAAUGAAUGCCUGUGUUCUCCUUGGGUAUGGGUGGUGGUACAGAGACACUAACAUGGAUUUAACACACCCAGCGGCUCCUGGCAACCUGGGAGGAGAGCAGGGAGAAGGUUUUGCCUGUGGUGUUCUGCCCCAGCUGCUGCAUAUGAGUUCGGUUUCGGAGACUGAGUUUGAUCUAGCUAGAGAAGCCUGUUUUUAAAAAGCUGCCUGAUGGGACUAGAUGUGCCAAGCAGAUGAUUAGCGGGCAGAGUGGCAGUGUGAUCCCUUUCCUGCCAGCCUUUUGCUGUGUGCCUUCUGUCCUCUGAAGCCAAUUUCUCCCUCUGCCUUUGCUUUGCCAAGUGCUUGUAAUGGUGACGGGCUGCGUGCUGUGAGCACCGCUGCCUUGGGAACUCAGCUGCUCCCACACAGCCAGCGCUGAGUAACUGGGCUCCUACCGCUCUUAAUGUGGGAGUAAUUUUUGGUUUGUGAUACCGAGACUGCUCGGCUCUAUGGGCUGUGAAGGGUCUGUGAAAGGGGACUAAGAAAAGCAUGUUUCUUGUCACCACACUAAAACAUACUGUGUGGGGUCUGCAUUGCCAUGGAAGAUCUCUCAGGAGCUCAUAGACUGAAAGAGGUUUAUAAUUGCAGAUCUCACUUAAUAGAGAAAGGAAAAUGUAUCCCACGCCUCCUACUCUCACUGACAUUGUCCUGGGCUAGGGCUGUGCCAACACCUUGCACUCAUUAAGGAGAGGGCAAAGCAAAGGGGCAGGGGGUUUCCACAGCCCUGAAAAAGGAGCCGAAGCUGGGCUCCUGGUCUUCCUGGGCUGCCUUGGGAGAGAGGGGCUUUGCCAGGGAGUGACCCGGGGCAAGAACCUGCCUGUCCUGCUGCCUGCUCCCUGGCUGCUCCAGCCACUUUGGUUGUCCGCUCCGGGUUUCGCACGCUGGUUCUUUGCAGCUGUUGGUUGCUGGUGGCGAGGCAGGAGUCCUGGGGUGGCUCAAGAGUGUUCCUGGGGUGGUCUGGAGCUCAGGCAAAGGACUUCUCCACACCCCUAAAAUCUCAGUGUGGCAGCAGCCCUGGGAUGGGGAGGAAGCGCUGGACCCAACUUCACCUUUGAAGAGCAUCAGAUUUGUCCGCUGGACUGCAGAGACCCUGGAAGCUACUGCCCCAAGUACUUGCUGCACUGUGAGCCCUGCCAGCUUUCCUGCCUCCGUGGGCAGGGUCUGGCCACGCUCCUCCUACAGGGCCGGUCAUUUCCCCUCCAUCAGCUCCCUGUGGGUCCCCACAGAUGUUGUAUUUUCACUUGUCAAAUCUCCACCUAGCUCUGAUCUGCGCCUGCGGUGUGUUCUUUGACGUACAAGGCAACUUCUUCCUCACCCUGGGUAAGGAAGCUUCUGUUUCCCCACCACGUGCCGCUGAAGGACACGGUCAUGUCUGCAGUCAUGCUUCCAAGCGGUAACGAAGAUGCUGAGCUGCACAGGCUAACCCAAGAAGGAGCUCUCCCACAGAGGAGAGUAGUCUGCAGAAAGGAGAAGCCAGGACUGCCACUCUGCAGAAAGGUUUGCUAUGCUGUUGGGGGCAUUCCCUACCAGAUGACAGGCAACGCCCUUGGGUUUUUCCUCCAAAUCUUCCUAUUGGAUGUUGUGCAGCUGGAGCCAUUCCAUGUCUCUUUGAUCAUUUUCCUUGGAAGAGCCUGGGAUGCAGUUACUGACCCUGCUGUUGGCUUCCUGGUCAGCAAGAGCCCAAGGAGAAAAUAUGGCAAGCUGGUCCCAUGGAUCGCAUGCUCCAUGCCAUUUGGGGUGCUCUGCUACUGCAUGAUGUGGUCCACUCUCUCAGAUGCCACCCCCACCUCCCUGAAAUUCCUGUGGUACCUGUUGAUGUACAGCUUCUUCCAGACUUGCAUGACUUGCCACCACGUGCCGUACUCUUCCCUGACAAUGUUCCUGGGAGGAACACAAAGAGACCGUGACUCGGCCACUGCCUACAGAAUGGGGAUGGAGGUGUUCAGCACGCUUCUUGGGUCAGGAAUCCAGGGGCAGAUUGUGGGCAGCUACCAUGCCCGCAUGAUGAACAGCUGUUACGUGCCGAACGAGACCCUGCCCAACGCCAGCACCUACAGCCUCACGGACUCGCUGGAGAACAUUCGUAGGGCCUACGUAUUUGCAUCCCUGGUCCUGGGAUCAAUCUAUUGCCUGUCCUGUCUGAUUCUCAUCUUUGGAGUCAGGGAAGAGCCUGGUAAGGUCCAUUUCGAUGCAGUUUGGAGGGUUCCCAGUGGCAGCGGAUGGCGAGGAUGGGGUUGCAGAGGAAGGUGUGAGGCAGAGGGAGCUGGGCACCUAUGUGGGGGAUGGUUCUCUGGGUGCGGAGCUCAGAAACACAACACGUACUUGGAUACUGAGACCCUCCUCAGUUUGUGCUGGCAGCAUCCCGCUGCCGCAGAGGAGAGGGGAGAUGCUCUGGAGGAAGGAAGGCUCCAGCUUGCCUGGGAGAUCCUGUGGGGAGCCGUGGGCCUGGGACGGGGUCCGCAGCUCACCGCUUCACACGGAGCGGGUCUCGCCAACACGCAGCCUGCAGAGCUACGCGGGCCAGCCCGAGCGCGCAGCGCAAAGAGGCAAAAUCCUGCCUGGCCCCUCAGCCCCCUGGGGAAGGUUGAGCUGCCCUUUGCCAGCUGCCUGAGGAUGAUCGUGGGACACAAGCCCUACACCCACCUGCUGUGUGGCUUCCUCUUUGCGUCCCUGGCCUUCCAGGUGCGAGACCUGCCAUGGCAGGAGGAGAUCUUGGGGGAUGAGAUGUCCGGGCAAGUUAUCCAGACAGGGAACUUGGGACCCCCAGCCAGGAACGUCUCCAUGUUGCUUUCCCAGAUCACACAGGGGAUCUUUGCCUUCUUCUGUACUCAUGCCGCAGGACUGGCCGGGAAGUUCCAGCAUUUAGUGCUUAUCAUGUUGGUCACAGCUUCCCUCUCUAUUCCCUUUUGGCAGUGGUUUUUGGGGAGAUUUGGAAAGAAAACAGCAGCGUCGCUGGGCCUGGCGCUGAUCAUCCCAGCCCUGGUAGCCAUCACCCAGGUGAUGCACAACUUCCUCGCCUUCGUCUUCCUGGUGAUCGUGGCAGGCUGCAGCAUGGCUGUGCUCUACCUUUUACCGUGGUCCAUGCUGCCAGAUACGGUGGACGACUUCAUGCUGAGGAACCCCAGCUGCCUCAACCUGGAGGCUCUCUUCUACUCGUUUUACGUCUUCUUCAACAAGUUUGCAGGUGGCCUUGCCGUGGGGGUAUCGACGCUGAGUUUACAUUUUGCAGGUUACCAUGCUGGAGACUGUACCUACAACCACUCCGUCAUCCUCGCUCUGCAGCUUCUUAUGGCCCCGGUCCCAAUAAGCCUGCUGCUCAUUGCCAUAAUCAUCUUCCUCCUCCAUCCCAUUGAUGAGGAGAGGAGGAAGCAGAUGAGGAUGGAGAUGGAGGCAAUGGGACAUCAGGUACAGUGCGGCAGCCGAGAAUAAACCCAGGGCUGAAGUGGUGUGAAGGAUGUUCCUUGGGAUUGCCUGACUAAGGCUGCGGUCAGGUGUUGGGAUGCACUGCCCUCUGCCACCGCGCUGCUUUCAGCCUUGCUGCCUCUGGAUUUACGAACAAGCAAGUGCCUUUGA